AUGGGAUCAACCCAGCUGACCAGACACCUUAGCAUGUUGCAAGAUGUCUCUUCGCCCACUGCUGUUCAACUCACCAAGUAUGCCGAUCCUCCAAAAAAGGGCUCUCACGCGGAGCACAUGAUGGAGCUGAAUAUGAUCUCAAAGUUCCUGGUAACGACUUUGUCGAGAGUUUUGCCAAACGGGAAUAUAAUGAAAGCCGCAAAUAUAGAUCCAGCGAGCGUUUUGGCUGGAUGGAACAAAGUAUAUGAUGUAUCUCUACCGCUGGCAGGAAAGUCUAUCACUGAUGUCGAGGGUUGGGCUGCCCCAAUAACUUCAAAUGAUCGUGUCUUUGAGAUUUUAGGCUCCUACGUCUAUCGCACGCGAAUGUCUUUCCACGAAGCUGAGAUGAAGAUUAUCACGAUGACUCUUUGGAUGGAUAAAGAACCUACGGCAAUCGGCGUAUUCAACGAUCAUCCUAAAACUAAAGCUGGCGCCACCUCGAAAAGUCCCGAGCACGCCGCUAAGAAGCUUUUGGGCGUUUUACAGAAAGUAGGUACAUUGAGUUGA